CUACAACAAAUAUGACUUUUUAUAGCAUAAUUUUAUAGCGUUUUUUUACUUAUGCUAUAAUAGACGAGUAGAUAUAGCGUUCAGAAAGCAAACGCUCGCUCCCAAAUUUCAAUAGCGUUUCAUUAAUGACUUUAACAGCGUUCCUCCAAAAUUUUAUAGGCGCGGAUCCUCAGCGCCCAAAAUCGCAAAGCCCUUUCUGAAAGUUCAAUCAUGGCGCCCAAAAUCGCACAGCCCUAUCUGAAAAUUCCAAUGGAUAACUCGAUCAGUGGCGGCAUAGCUCCCAAUCGUUUCGUGCGAAAUGGUGGUAGAUUUCUCAAGUUGGGCGAAUUAGUGUUGCCUGCUAAUGGAUCGAUCUCUAGGGUUCCAAUCGUGAGUAGUUGGAGAAGAAUCAAAGCUAUAUUCAGAACUAUUGCACUAGUUGAGGCAAAGAAUCAAAGCUAUAUUGACUCGAUUUCAUCGUUUUUGUCUCGCUUCCAGAUCUAUCAACCAUUCCGUCAAGCUCUACAAAUUUCCAGGUGAAUCUCUUUUUCUUUCUUCGAUCUGUUGCGUCUGAUUUAUUUUUUCAUUUUUGGAAUUUUUGCCUGCGGUCUGGAGGAAAAUAGACUAUUUCCUCAGAAAUAAUGGAGUAUCGUUUUGGUGGAUUGCCACAGACUGCACCUACACAAUUUAAGACACACUUGCAAAACAAUUUUCCUUCGAAAACUGAAUUUGUGCAAGAAUAAAGAUUUUUUUUGCUUCUGAAAAUAGGGAACGAGGGGACUUCUCAAACUUAACAAAAAUAAAAACCGUAUUCCGUUUUGUUUGAGGUUCUUUGAUAUUGAAGCAUUAACUGAAGUACUUGUUCAAAAUCACGUAUCAUUGAUUGAUAUCACUAUAGGAUAAAGAUUAGAAUUGGAAUUGUCCAAUUAGCUGAAAAAUACUAUUUUCGGCACAAUCCGGGCACGUCGCCAGCCCGCCCCAUGC